CACGAGCCGACGAACCAGCCCCCGCGCUCCUUACCCUGCGCCGCUGCCACGUCCCGAGCGCUCUGAGGCAGCCCCCCGCCGCGCUCGCAUCGCAUGCGCCUGCUCAAACCGCAGGAGGCCGCCGCCCUCCAGCGCGAGGCCCUCGAGGCGCACAUCGUCGCGCUGCUGCGCCGAUGCCCGGGCCUCCUCGCGCUCCGCGGCGCGCACGCGCACCUCCUCCGGCUCCGCCUCCCGCGCCUCACCGCCGCGUUCGCGCUCUCCAAGCUCCUGGCUGCCUGCGCCUCCGCCCGCGCCGCGGCCUCCUCCUACGCCCGCAACCUGUUCGACCAAAUCCCGGACCCGACCGCCUUCUGCUACAACUCCCUCAUCCGCGCGCUCCCCGCCGCGGGCCCCGCCCUGGCCGCCUACCGCCGCAUGCUGCGCGCGGGGUCCCCGCGCCCCAACAGCUUCACGCUUGCGUUCGCGCUCAAGGCGUGCGCGGCCGCGCCGGCGCCCGCCGAGGGGCGCCAGCUGCACGCGCAGGCGUUCCGCCAGGGGCUCGAGCCCGGCGCCUACGUGCAGACCGGGCUGCUCAACCUCUACGCCAAGUGCGAGGAGGUUGCGCUCGCGAGGACCGUGUUUGACGGCAUGGCCGGGGACGGGAAUUUGGUGGCCUGGAGCGCGAUGAUCGGUGGGUACUCGAGGGUGGGGAUGGUGAAUGAGGCUUUGGGGCUGUUCCGGGAGAUGCAAGCGGCUGGCGUGGAGCCGGAUGAGGUCACUAUGGUCAGUGUAAUAUCCGCGUGCGCCAAGGCAGGGGCACUUGAUUUGGGGAGGUGGGUGCAUGCUUAUAUAGAUAGGAAAGGGAUCACCAUUGAUCUGGAGCUGAGCACGGCGUUGAUUGAUAUGUAUGCAAAGUGCGGGUUGAUAGAGCGGGCAAGAGGGGUGUUUGAUGCAAUGGUGGAGAGGGAUACAAAGGCAUGGAGCGCAAUGAUUGUCGGAUUGGCGAUACAUGGGCUUGUAGAUGAUGCGUUGAGGCUUUUCUCGAGAAUGCUAGAGCUCAAGGUGCAGCCUAACAAUGUCACCUUUAUUGGCGUGCUGUCAGCCUGUGCUCACAGUGGUUUAGUGGAUGAUGGGCGAAGGUAUUGGUCUAUUAUGCAAAAAUUGGGAAUCAAAGCUUCAAUGGAGAACUAUGGCUGCAUGGUGGACCUCCUGUGCCGAUCUGGCCUUCUGGAUGACGCUUAUUCCUUUGUUAUUGGUAUGCCUAUCUCACCAAAUUCAGUAAUCUGGAGGGCUCUUCUUGUGGCUAGCAAAAGCUCAAACAGGAUAGAUAUAGUGGAAUCAGCAUCAAAGAGGCUCCUUGAGUUAGAACCUCUUAAUCCGGAGAACUAUGUUCUGCUCUCCAACUUGUACGCGUCAAACUCCCAAUGGGAUAGAGUGAGCUAUAUGAGGAAAAGGAUGAAAGACAACAAUGUUACUGCUGUUGCUGGUUGUAGUUCAAUUGAAAUAAACGGCUACUUGCAUAAAUUUGUGGUGAGUGAUGAUUCACACCCUGAAAUCAAGGAGAUAAGACUGGUUCUGAGAGAAAUAGCCGACCGGGUACGACGAGCUGGCCACAAACCUUGGACUGCAGCCGUUCUACAUGACGUUGGUGAAGAGGAAAAAGAAGUUGCCCUUUGUGAGCAUAGUGAAAGGCUAGCCAUUGCAUACGGAUUGUUAAAGACGAAAGCCCCUCGUGCCAUUCGAGUGGUAAAGAACUUGAGGUUUUGCCCGGAUUGCCAUGAAGUGGCAAAAAUAAUAAGCAAGUCAUACAAUCGAGAAAUCAUUGUUAGGGAUCGUGUUCGCUUCCAUAAAUUCAUGGGAGGCAGUUGUUCUUGUAAGGACUUUUGGUGAUUCCCUAGUUACAUAAAUGAAUCGCAGUGAUGCUAAGUUAUUCUAGGUACAUAGUACUAAGAUCAAACAUAUGGUACGGUUACUCUAAACACAUAUGCUAAAUAUCUUGCUCUAGAAA